UAUGUAUUAAGCCUAAACAAAAUUACAGUAAAAGGGAAGCAUUUGAAUUUGAUGGAUGCGGACCGGGUCGAACUACGAUUGUUUAAAUAAUAACGCAUUCGUAGAAGUCGGAAAAUCGGAAGGGUCAGCCAACAACACCCCCAUUGCGUCGCGCUGAUCAUAGCUUCGUUGUUGUUUCGAUUUCUGGAAAUCAUGUUGCUUAGUCGAACCAAAUCAAAGAUUUGGAUUCACAACAACAAUUCUCCCAAUUUCUCUUGUUCUUCUUUCAAAGAUAUCAACACCCUUUUCUCCGACGAUUCUGAUUACAAUUCACCCGUUUCCACCACCACCACCAAAAAACCCAAUAUAUUCCAUCGUGUCCUCCGCGUUAACGCCGUCCUCCGUGCUUUCUCAACCCGACCCGCACCAGCACCCGCACCCGCACCCGAAUCAACAACUCCGAAAUCGAUUCAAAUCCCAGCAGCUGAGAAGAAAAUAGUGAUUUACUUCACCAGCCUUAGAGUAAUUCGUUCUACAUUCGAUGAUUGCAAAGCCGUUCGAUCGAUUCUGUCUAGCUUUCGUGUUUCGGUUGAUGAACGAGAUGUGUCUAUGGAUGCGGGGUUCAUGGAAGAGCUAAAGACGAUAUUGGGUACCCGUGUAAAGACGAAAUUGUCCUUGCCCAGAGUUUUCAUCGGCGGGAGUUACGUUGGUGGCGCGGCGGAGAUUAUUCAGCUGCAUGAAGCCGGUGAGCUGAAGAAAUACGUUGAAGGGCUGACUCCGGCGGAAUUCAGCACGUGCGAAGUGUGUGGAGGUAAUAGAUUUGUUCUCUGUGAAGAGUGCAGUGGUAGCCAAAAGUGUUAUAGCGAGAAAAGUGGAUUCAGGACUUGCACGGUUUGUAAUGAGAAUGGUUUGAUCAGGUGCCCUUCUUGUUACUACCCGAUACUCUGAAUGCAAUCGUUAAUAUUGUUUUCGUUAGAUUAGUUUCGUUAGAUUAGUCAGAAAGUAUUAGCUGAAAAUGGAGGUGAAAAUUUUAGUAGUAGAGGGAUUGCUGUGCUUAUAAAAGUAAAGAAGGCAGUUUGUUUUUUGCAAAAUGCUCUCUUUAGUUGAUUUUCUUUCUUGGGUGUUUGCUUUUGACAUAGUUCUGUAAAGUACUAAUUGAAAAUUGACUACAACUAUGUGGGAUAAUACAUGCUAAUUAUGCAUGAAUUCUGAUGUUGUCCUUCGGGAAGUUUCCUAGAUUUGAUUCAUCUUUUUAAUUUUUGGUUGUACUGAUUUUUACAUAUGCUAUCUCUGUGUAACAAUUGUUUGUGCUUGAUGGUUUAGUCAUAUACAUUAGGUUGAUUCUGUAUCGAAGGGUCCCUAAUUGAAGUUCUUAUAAAAAUCCCUUUUAGAAAGUUGGUUAGUGUAAAGAUAAUGACACUCAAAUGUUGCUCAUUGAUUCAUCUAGAUUGUUCGAUUUUGCUUGUGGGCUGUGGCCUAUUUAUUGAUUGUGUUAGCAAAAAUGUGUUGUUUGGGCAGGCUAGCCUCCUUUAUUAGUCCAAUACCUCUUCUACAUUAGCGAAUUCAAAUUUAGACAUUGUAUGUUACAAGUAUGGGUUCUAUAAUGUGUAUUUAACUCAUCUAUACUUAUUUUCAAGCAUACAUAGGUCAAUCCCAGACAUUUGGUUUGCCAAUCCCUCAAAUCAGUUGUUGGAUCCACCAUUUUCCUUUUACACUAUCUAUUUGCAUUAGUCAAUAUAUUCAGGUGCCAUUUAUAUUGGAUGGUGUUUGUAAC